AGCGGUCUCGUAUUUUCCACGAACAGAGACAAUUUACUUGUAUUGCUCCAAUGGAGGAAGAGUCAAGCCAAGUUGCAGAUCAUGCAAAGACCAUCCACGACAUGGAAGAAGCAGCAGAAGAAGAUAGAGAUCCAGAAAGCAAACCUCUAAACCAGCCACUCCUCAAGAGAAGCCGAACUCUUUCCUCCAAUCCACUGGCUAUGGUUGGAGCCAAAGUUUCCUAUAUAGAGAGCUUGGACUAUGAGAUCAAUGAGAAUGAUCUAUUCAAGCAUGACUGGAGAAGCAGAUCCAAAGUUCAAGUGCUGCAGUAUAUAUUUUUGAAGUGGACGCUGGCAUUCCUUGUUGGACUUCUUACUGGUUUGAUUGCUACCCUCAUCAAUCUUGCGAUUGAGAACAUUGCUGGCUACAAACUUCUUGCCGUUAUUCACUUGAUUCAGAAGAAAAGGUAUUUGACGGGGUUCAUCUUUUUCACUGCGGCUAAUUUUCUUCUGGCUCUGUUUGCUGCUGUUCUGUGCGUCUGUUUUGCGCCGACUGCAGCGGGGCCAGGGAUACCAGAAAUCAAAGCUUAUCUUAAUGGAGUCGACACUCCCAACAUGUUUGGCGCUGCAACAUUGAUCGUCAAGAUAUUUGGAAGCAUCGGAGCAGUCGCUGCUGGACUAGAUCUAGGAAAGGAAGGACCCCUGGUACACAUUGGCGCCUGCAUUGCUUCUUUAUUGGGCCAAGGAGGGCCUAGUAAUUACCGGCUUAAAUGGCGCUGGCUUCGCUACUUCAACAACGAUAGGGACCGCCGUGAUCUUAUCACCUGUGGUGCUUCCUCGGGUGUUUGUGCAGCUUUCCGAGCUCCGGUGGGUGGUGUCCUAUUUUCCCUAGAAGAGGUUGCUACGUGGUGGAGGAGUGCUCUCCUCUGGAGAACAUUUUUCAGCACAGCAGUUGUUGCGGUUGUGCUAAGGGCUUUUAUUCAGAUAUGCAGUUCUGGAGAAUGUGGACUCUUCGGAACAGGUGGGCUUAUUAUGUUUGACGUGAGCAACGUUACUAUUACAUAUUGUGUGAUGGAUAUCAUCCCAGUUGUUGUGAUCGGCAUUAUUGGUGGAGUUUUGGGAAGCCUUUACAACUAUUUACUUCACAAGGUCCUCAGACUCUACAGUUUCAUCAAUCAGAAGGGACGACUACAUAAGCUCCUUCUAAGUGUCACUGUCGCAGUCUUCACCUCAGCGUGCCAAUAUGGUCUCCCUUUUCUAGCCAAAUGCCAGCCUUGUGGCUCCUCCCUUUCAGAAACGGAAUGCCCCACCAAUGGAAGCUCCGGCAACUUCAAGCAAUUUAACUGCCCGGCUGGUUACUACAAUGACCUUGCCACUCUACUCCUUGCCACCAAUGAUGAUGCCGUCCGACACAUCUUCUCCACGAACACUCCUACAGAAUAUCAAAUCCCCUCCCUUCUAAUCUUCUUUGCACUCUACUGUAUCUUAGGACUGUUUACCUUUGGCAUUGCCGUGCCUUCCGGACUCUUCCUCCCAAUCAUCCUCAUGGGCUCAGGUUAUGGCCGUCUGCUAGGUAUUGCCAUGGGGUCUUAUACAAAUAUUGAUCAAGGACUUUUUGCCGUGCUUGGGGCAGCCUCGCUCAUGGCUGGCUCAAUGAGGAUGACUGUUUCACUUUGUGUGAUAUUCCUCGAACUCACCAACAACCUUCUUUUGCUACCCAUAACGAUGAUUGUCCUCCUAAUUGCCAAAACUGUUGGAGACAGUUUCAAUCCAAGCAUCUAUGAAAUUAUACUGCACUUGAAAGGCUUGCCUUUCUUGGAUGCAAAUCCAGAACCAUUUAUGAGAAAUCUUACCGUUGGGGAGCUUGCUGAUGUCAAGCCACAGGUGGUCACCCUGUGUGGAGUAGAAAAGGUGGCUCGUAUUGUGGAUGUCCUCAAAAAUACCACACACAACGGUUUCCCAAUUGUAGAUGGGGGCGUGGUGGCACAGGUGGGAGUAGGCAAUGGGGCAACAGAACUACAUGGAAUAAUCCUCAGAGCUCACCUUCUCCAAGUUCUGAAGAAAAAGUGGUUCUUGAGCGAGAAAAGGAGAACAGAAGAGUGGGAAGUGAGAGAGAAAUUUACCUCGAUUGAACUGGCUGAAAGGGAAGGAAAAUUUGAGGAGGUGGCUGUGGCGAGGGAGGAAAUGGAGAUGUACGUUGAUUUGCAUCCUCUCACCAAUACAACGCCUUUUACUGUGAUGGAGAGCAUGUCCGUAGCAAAAGCCAUGGUGCUUUUCAGGCAGAUGGGACUCCGCCAUUUGCUCAUUGUGCCCAAGUUUGCAGGAGGGGGGGUGCCUCCGGUGGUAGGGAUAUUGACCAGGCAGGACUUGAGGCCCUACAACAUUUUGACCGCCUUUCCUCAUUUGGCGAGGCCGAAGGAGGGAGAAAAGGAGAACUGAGUCUGUUACACAGUCUUUUGACCGCCUUUCCUCAUUUGGCGAGGCCGAAGGAGGGAGAAAAGGAGAACUGAGUCUGUUACACAGUCUUUUGUUUUUUUGUGUUUUUUUUAAAUAUUACUGAGUCUUAAUCA